UGGCGUACAUAAAUAAUUAAAUACCCACCACUCUCCGAUCUCCGACCUAGAUCUCCAGCUAGCUUUAAUCAAGAACAACAUUCCAAACGCAUCUGAAGCUGAGAAUGUCGUCCCCCGUGAGUUCAGAAAAGAAGAAAAGGGUUCCCGGAACACCAAAGACACCUCAAGAUGAGGAUUCUCAGUUGAAGUCACGGCGUAAGUCGGUUCCCAGGGACAUGCAGCAGGUGUGUGGACAGGAUGAGCCUGCAAAGAAAUCCCCCUCAGAUUUUAAAACGCUGGAUCGCUCUCGACAGAACACGCCGGCAACGGACAACUCGCCUCUUGACAGCAAGAGAAGUGGGAGUUUUACUCCAAAAACCCCAGUAGCAUCAUUGCGUGAUCAUGGGCCACUUACUCGCCGCCAGUCCAUUUGUGAGAAGGAGCUGCCACGUAAAGCUCUAUUCCCAGGACCAGAGGCAGAGUCCCCAUGCGAAUCCUCCUCUAAAUAUAAAACUCCAGAUCUGUCUCAUCAGAAGAUGUCAAGAGGACCCAUGACCAUACCAGCAACGGAAUACAGGCCUCUUGAUAGCACAAGCGAUGGGAAGGCUAUCAAGGCGCCAAGCACACAUCCCCAAGAGGCACCAAGGAAGAGCCAUCGCUCUCGUAGUCGUCUGCUCAAUAACCCUGAGGCUGACAUGGUGAUGCAACCCAGAUCUCUAUUCCAAGAGCCUGCUUUACCAGAGUCCCCAUGCGAAUCCUCGAAUUCCAAUCGAGCUCGAUCUAUCCAUCAGCGUGAGUUACACAAGGGCGGAGAAUUUUAAAAGAUUCAUAGGGAAAAAAAAAAAAAAAAAAAAAAAGUAUUUGGGGGAGGCUUACUAGAAUAAACCUAACUAGAUAAUUUCGUUUUCUGUUUUUCCAUAGCUUGUUUGUAAUCUCUAGCUUCUUUUUCUUCUUCUCUUUUAUUCGAUAACAGAGAAAAGGACAAAAUGGGAGUUAGAAGGUGGGUCAUUUUUCUUUUUUAUAAUCAAUGGGGGAGGGGAGGUGGGUCUUUUCUAUUAUGCUUGUUUGUGGUCUCUGUGUGGUAUAGUCACGG